AUGGGGAUUGAGAGUGUAUUUCCAUAUGUGGGAAUGGUGAUUGUGCAGUUUGCACAGGUGGGCUUAAUGAUAGCAGGCAAAGUAGCCAUGUCAAAUGGAAUGACCACUUUCACCUUUGCUUUCUACUCAAAUGCAAUUGCUUCACUUAUACUACUUCCUAUCUCAUUUUGGCUACACAGAUCUGCUCGUCCGCCGCUUUUCUAUACAUUCCUUUGUGGGUUUUUCUUGCUCGGCCUAAUUGGGUUCUUGGUGCAGAUAUUUGGAUAUACUGGACUUAUGUAUGCCACUGCAUCACUUUCUAGUGCAAUGAUGAACCUCAUUCCAGGUUUCACCUUCAUACUCGCCAUCAUGUUCAGGUUGGAAAAAUUUGACGGCAAAAGUUCAAGCACCCUGGCUAAAUCUAUUGGGACGAUAGUGUCAAUAAUAGGUGCUUUUAUUAUAACUCUCUACAAAGGUCCAGCCAUUUUAGGGAUUUCCUCGCAUUCGACUGCCCCUAUUCACACUCUUACACAGUCAUCAGCCUGGCUCAUUGGGGGAUUGCUUCUUGCAAUUGAUUCUGUGGUGGCUUCAGUAUUUAUCAUUGCACAGGCAUUAGUUCUCAAGAAAUAUCCUGCAGUGCUCCUUCUAAUGUUGUUCUAUAGCUGCUUCAUUGCCAUUCUAUCUGCAGCAGUCUCUUUGACUGUAGAAAGAGAUACUAAAGCUUGGAGCUUGAAACCUAUGACGAGGUUGAUCCCCGUUAUAUACUCGGGCAUGUUUGGCACUGUUUUCCAAGUCUCCGUGAUCAUGUGGUGCAUGAAAAGAAGGGGACCUCUCUUUGCUUCUAUGUUUCAUCCUUUGGGUGUUAUCAUUGCAAUUGUCAUGGGCAUGGUACUGGCAACAACUGCUCAAGUAGGCCUAAUAUUAAUCAGCAAACGAGCAAUGGCGAAUGGGAUGACAAACUACACAUUUGUUGCCUAUUCCAAUGCACUUGCCGCCAUUAUCCUCCUCCCUUUAGCUCUUCUCAUCCACCGGUCGAAUAGGCCUCCACUCACUUUCUCACUCAUUUGUGGGUUUUUCUCUCUAGGUGUGCUUGGGUGCUUGGCGCAGCUGACAGGCUAUACUGGAAUCAACUACACCAAUGCAGAAUUUGCAUCGGCAAUGCUUAAUCUCAUUCCAGGAUUUACUUUUAUACUUGCCCUCAUUUUCGGGAUGGAAAAGCUAGCUUGUAGAAGUGCAAGUUUUCAGGCAAAAACUAUUGGAACUGUAGUUUCAAUUGUUGGAGCCUUCAUUGUAACUCUCUACAAAGGCCCCCAAAUUCUGACUUCCCAAUCAACUUCCAAAUUGCUUGAUAAUUUUAUUCAAACACCGCAAUCAAGCUGGAUUCUUGGAGGAUUAUUCCUUGCAGUAGACUGUGCAGUGUCUUCAGGCUAUAUAAUUGUACAGGCUUUGAUUCUUAAGAAAUACCCAGCAGAGCUGAUUAUAGUCUUCUUUUACUGCUGCUUUGCUGCCAUUUUAUCAACAGUGGUCUCUCUGAUUGUUGAUAGAGACCUUAGUGCUUGGAGUCUGCAACCCAAUAUCAGAUUGAUUGCAGUUCUGUACUCGGGAGUUUUUGGCUCUGCAUUCCAAGUCAGUGUAACUGCAUGGUGUUUGCAUAGAAGGGGCCCUCUUUUUGUUUCCGUGUUUCAUCCAUUGAGCAUUGUCAUUUCAGCGGCAUUGGGUAUUAUCUUACUGGGAGACAUUCUGUAUCUUGGAAGUUUGAUAGGUUCCAUUAUAAUUGUUAUCGGGUUCUACUCAGUGAUGUGGGGAAAGUCAAAAGAAGUCGAGGUGGUAGAUGACAAUGUAACAAGGAGCUCUGAAUCAAGAAGUGAAAAGGUCUCUUUGCUACCAGCCAAGGAUGAGGAAAUCAAUGCCUAA